CUUUCGGUUCGCGCGGGGGGCGCGGGGCACGUGGCGGGACCCCUCCCCUCCCCCCCCCCUCCCGGGGCCCCCCGAGCCGGACGGGACCAGGACACACAGAGGGCUGCCAUGGCUGAGGAGGAGGAGCUGGGCACCAGGGCCACCAGGAGGGGCCCUCUGUCAGCUGGCAGUGCCCGGGGCGGUGCCACCGAGUCCAGCACGCUGCUGCAGGAGCUCCGCGGCAACAUCUCCAAAUCCGUGCAGAGCAAGGUGGACUCCAUCCUGCAGGACGUGCAGAAGUUCUCGGACAGCGACAAACUCUACCUGUACCUGCAACUGCCCUCGGGGCCCAGCCUGGGCGAGAAGAGCAGCAGCAGCAGCUCCUCCUCGCUGGAGCUGAGCACGCUGGGCACGGCCGAGCACAUGCACGCCUGCAGCUGGAUCCGCAACCACCUGGAGGAGCACACGGACACCUGCCUGCCCAAGCAGGACGUCUAUGACGCCUACAAGCGUUACUGUGACAACCUGGGCUGCCGCCCGCUGAGCACGGCCAACUUCGGCAAGAUCAUCCGCGAGAUCUUCCCAAACAUCAAAGCCCGGCGCCUGGGGGGCCGCGGCCAGUCCAAGUACUGCUAUGGGGGGAUCCGGAGGAAGACCGUGGUCAGCCUUCCUCCCCUGCCCAGCCUGGACCUCAAAGUGACCGAGACGCAGGCGGAGCUGGCCGAGCUGGCGCACUCGUACAGCGCCGAGGUGACGGAGGCCGCGUGUGCCCUGACGUGUGACUGGGCCGAGAAGAUCCUGCGGCGCUCCUUCAACAACAUCGUGGAGGUGGCGCAGUUCCUGCUGCAGCAGCACAUCAUCAGCCCCCGCUCGGCCCACGCCGACCUGCUCAUGGCCACGGUGCUCUCAGACAACACGGACAAGCCCCCCCAGGACCCCCGGCCACCCUCAGCCCCCAAGAAGACCGGCCCGGACCCCGCUGACAGCAGCCAGGAGCAGGCCAAGAAGGACGCUGUCGCCAAGGUCCCCGCGCAGCCGCGGCCGGAGAAGAAGAAGCCGGAGGCGGCGCGGGCGGGCAGCAGCCCGCAGGUGAGCGCGCUGGUGGCGCGGCUGCCGCUGCUGCUGCCCCGCAUCCCGGCCCCGCAGCGCCCGCCCGUGCCCGGCGCGGCGCCCGCGCCGCCCGUGCUGGUGCCGCGGCCCGCGGGCACCGUGAAGGUGGCGCUGCCGCUGCCCGUGGGCGCCGCCGCCAUCCCCGUGCUCAACGUGCUGCUGCCCGGCGUGGGCGUGCCCGCGCCCGCGGCCGAGACGCCGAGGGACGGCGAGGGGCAGCAGCCGCAGCAGCAGCGCGGCCGCGCCGCCAAGCGCGCUCCCGAGGGCGCGGCCGCGGACGGCAACGCGCGCAAGCGGCGGCGCGGGAGGCCCCGCAAGAGGCCGGGGGACAGCGCGGCGGAGCCCGAGGAGCCCGAGGUGGCCCGGGGGGAGGACGGAGGGGACUCGCCCCCGGGGGCGCCACCCGGGGCUGGCGGUGCCACCGUGCCCGGCGGGGACAGCGGGGGGGCUGGCGGUGCUGCUGAGGAUGCCGGGGACAGCAUGGAGGUGGACAGUGACACGGUCACUGGUGGGGACAGCCCGGGCAGUGGCAGUGCCACCGUCCCCCUUGGGGACAAUGGCAGUGCCACUGCCACCCUUAGUGACAGCCUGGUCAAUGGCAGUGCCACUGUCCCUGUUAGUGACAGCUCAGUCAAUGGCAGUGCCACUGUCCCUGUUAGUGACAGCCUGGCUGGGGCCAGUGCCACUGUCCCUGUUAGUGACACCAUAGUCAAUGGCAGUGCCACUGUCCCUGUUAGUGACAGCCCGGCUGGGGGCAGUGCCACCGUCCCUGUUAGUGACACCAUAGUCAAUGGCAGUGCCACUGUCCCCCUUAGUGACAGCCCGGCUGGGGGCAGUGCCACCGUCCCUGUUAGUGACAGCCCGGCUGGGGGCAGUGCCACUGUCCCUGUUAGUGACAGCUCAGUCAAUGGCAAUGCCACUGUCCCCCCUGGGGACAUCCCAGUCAAUGGCAGUGCCACUGUCCCCCUUAGUGACAGCUCAGUCAGUGCCAGCGUCCUACUCAGUGACAGCCUGGUCAAUGGCAGUGCCACUGUCCCCGUUAGUGACAGCCCGGUCAAUGGCACUGACACUGUUCCCCUUGGGGACAGCUCAGUCAGUGUCAGUGCCACUGUCCCCCUUAGUGACAGCCUGGUCAAUGGCAGUGCCACUGUCCCCCUUAGUGACAGCCCGGUCAGUGGCACUGACACUGUUCCCCUUGGGGACAGCUCUGUCAGUGUCAGUGCCAGUGUCCCCCUUAGUGACAGCCUGGUCAAUGGCAGUGCCACUGUCCCCCUUAGUGACAGCCCGGUCAAUGGCACUGACACUGUUCCCCUUGGGGACAGCUCAGUCAGUGUCAGUGCCAGUGUCCCCAUUUGUGACAGCUCAGUCAAUGGCAGUGCCACUGUACCCCCUGGGGACAGCUUGGUCAGUGUCAGUGCCACCAUCCCCCUUGGGGACAACUCGGUCAAUGGCAGUGCCACUAUCCCCCUUGGGGACAAUGGCAGUGCCAGUGUUCCCCUUAGUGACAUCCUGGUCAGUGGCAAUGACACUGUCCCCCCUGGGGACAGCUCCGUCAGUGGCAGUGCCACCACUCCCCUUGGGGACAGCCUGGCUGGGGGCAGUGCCACCACUCCCCUUGGGGACAGCCCAGUCAGUGGCAGCAUCCCUGGUGAUGGCUCUGCUGCUGGUGGCAGUGCCACCGUCCCCCUUAGUGACAGCCCAGCUGGGGGAAGUGCUACCACCCACCUUGGGGACAGCCCGCUCAGUGGCAGAGCCAGCGUGCCCCUUGGGGACAGCUCAGUCAGUGCCACUGUCCCCCUUGGGGACAGCCCGCUCAGUGGCAGUGCCAACUCCCCCAGUUGUGGCUCUCCUGGUGGUGGCAGUGCCACUGUCCCUGUCAUUGACAAGCCAGUCCCUGGCAGUGCCACUGUCCCUGUCAAGGACAGCCCAGCCAUGUCCAGUGACACUGGGGACAGGCCGGUCACUGUCAGUGCCACCAGCCCUGUCAGGGACAGCUCAGCCAGGGUCGAUGGCACUGGGGACAGGCCUGUCACUGUCAGGGCCACCAGCCCUGUCAGGGACAGCUCACCCAAGGGCAGUGACACUGGGGACAGGCUGCUCACUGCCAGUGCCACCACAGAGGACAGCCCAGCCAGGGUUAGUGACACUGGGGACAGUCUGCUCACUGCCAGUGCCACCACAGAGGACAGGCCAGACACUGGCAGUGCCACCAGCCCUGCUGAGGACAGCCCAGCCAGGGUGAGUGACACUGGGGACAGGCCGGUCACUGGCAGUGCCACCACAGAGGACAGGCUGGUCACUGGCAGUGCCACUGUCCCUGUCAAGGACAGCUCACCCAUGGCCGGUAGCACUGGGGACAGGCCGGUCACUGGCAGUGCCACCACGGAGGACAGGCCGGUCACCAGGAGUGCCACCAUUCCCAGCAGGGACAGCCCAGCUGGUGGCAGUGCCACUGUCCCUCUCAAGGCCAGUCCAUCCAGGGGCCGUGCCACCAGUGGGGACAGGCCAGUCAGUGGUGACACUGUCCCUGUCAGGGACAAGCCAGUCCGUGGCAGUGCCACUGUCCCUAGGAGGGACAGCUCACCCAGGGCCAGUGCCAGUGGGGACAGGCCGGUUACUAGAAGUGCCACUGUCCCCACAGCUGGUGGCAGUGCCACUGUUCCUGUCAAGGACAGCUCACCCAGGGCCAGUGCCACCACUGGGGACAGGCCAGUCACCAGGAGUGCCACUGUCCCUGUCAGGGACAGCCCAGCUGGUGGCAGUGGCACCACACCAGUCAAGGACAAUCGGGCCAGGGGCAGUGCCACCCCUGGGGACAGCUCAUCCCGGGGCAGUGCCACCAUCCCUGUCAGGGACAGCUCACCCAGGGCCGGUGCCACCACAGGGGACAGGCCGGUCACCAGGAGUGCCACCGUCCCUGUCAGGGACAGCUCAUCCAGGGGCAGUGCCACCACUGGGGACAGGCCGGUCAGUGGUGCCACUGUCCCUGUCAGGGACAAGCUUGUCACUGGCAGUGCCACCGUCCCUGUCAGGGACAGCUCACCCAGAGCCAGUGGCAGUGUUGGGGACAGGCCGGUCACCAGGAGUGCCACCAUUCCCAGCAGGGACAGCCCAGCUGGUGGCAGUGCCACUGUCCCUGUCAGGGACAGCUCAUCCAGGGGCAGUGCUACCCCUGGGGACAGGCCAGUGAGGAGCAGUGCCAGCACUGGGGACAGGUCAGUCAGUGGCAGUGCCACCAUCCCUGUCAGGGACAAGCCAGUCUGUGGCAGUGCCACUGUCCCUAGGAGGGACAGCUCACCAAGGGGCAGUGGCACUGGGGACAAAGCGGUGACUGCCAGUGCCACUGUCCCUGUCAGGGACAGCUCCAGGAGCAGUGCCACCACUGGGGACAGGCUGAGUAGGGGCAGUGCCACUGCUGGGGACAGGCCAGGGAGGAGCAGUGCCACUGUCCCCAUCAGGGACAGGUCACCCAGAGGCAGUGGCAGUGGGGACAGGCCAGGUAGGGGCAGUGCCACCGUCCCCAUCAGGGACAGGUCACCCAGAGAUAGUGGCAGUGGGGACAGGCUGGGCAGGAGCAGUGCCACCGUCCCUGUCAGGGACAGGCCAAGUAGGGGCAGUGGCAGUGUCCCCGGCAGGGACAGGUCACCAAGGGACAGUGCCACCACUGGGGACAGGCCAGUCCCUGGCAGUGCCACCAGUGGGGACAGGCCAGGUAGGGGCAGUGGCAGUGUCCCCAGCAGGGACAGGUCACCCAGAGACAGUGCCACCAGUGGGGACAGGCCAGGCAGGAGCAGUGCCACCACUGGGGACAGGUCACCCAGAGACAGUGCCACCAGUGGGGACAGGCCAGGUAGGGGCAGUGGCAGUGGCAGUGUCCCCGGCAGGGACAGGUCACCCAGAGACAGUGCCACCAGUGGGGACAGGCCAGGCAGGAGCAGUGCCACCGUCCCUGUCGAGGACAGGCCAGGCAGGGGCAGUGGCCCCAUCAGUGACAGGCUGAUCAGGGGCAGUGCCACUGUCCCCAUCAGGGACAGCUCAGACAGUGGCAGUGCCACUGGCCCUGUCAAGGACAGGUCAGCUAGAGCCAGUGGCACCACCAGGGACAGGUCAGUCAGGAGCAGUGCCACUGUCCCUGUCAGGGACAGCGCAGCCAGGGGCACUGCCACCCCUGCGGACAGGCCAGUCCCUGGCACUGCCACCCCUGGGGACAGGCUGGUCAGGGGUAGUGCCACCACUGGGGACAGCACAGCCAGGGGCAGUGCCACUGUCCCUGUCAGGGACAAGCCAGUGUCUGGCAGUGCCACCAUCGCUGUCAGGGACAGCUCACCAAGGGCCACUGCUGUUGGGGACAGGUCAGUGAGGAGCAGUGCCACCCCUGGGGACAGGCUGGGCAGGGGCAGUGCCACCCCAGGGGACAGGUCAGUGAGGAGCAGUGCCACCACUGGGGACAGGUCAGUCAGGGGCAGUGUCACCAUUGGGGACAGGUCAGUGAGGAGCAGUGCCACCAUCCCUGUCAGGGACAGGUCACCCAGAGACAGUGGCAGUGGGGACAGGCCAGGCAGGGGCAGUGCCACCGUCCCCAUCAGGGACAGGUCACCCAGAGACAAUGGCAGCGGGGACAGGCCGGGCAGGGGCAGUGCCACCGCUGGGGACAGGCGGGGCAGUGGCAGUGUCCCCAUCAGGGACAGGUCACCCAGGGCCAGUGGCAGCGGGCUCAGACUGGUCAGGGACAGUGCCACCGUGCCCAUGAGGGACAGGUCACCCAGGGCCCCUGACCCUGGGGACAGGCUGGGCAGGAGCAGUGCCACUGUCCCUGCCAGGGACAGCCCAGCUGGGGGCAGUGGCACGGUCAGGGAUGUGCCAGUCUCUGGCAGUGCCACUGUCCCCAUCAGGGACAGGGACAGCCCAUCCAGUGGCAGUGCCACUGUCCCUGUUGGGGACAGGCCGGUCAGUGGUGGUGGCACCGUUGGGGACAGGCUGGUCACUGUCAGUGGCACCGCUGGGGACAGGGUGGUCAGUGACAGUGGCACCGCUGGGGACAGGCUGGUCACUACCAGUGGCACCAGUGGGGACAGGCCGGUCAGUGGUGGUGGCACCAUUGGGGACAGGCUGCUCACUGACAGUGGCGCCACUGGGGACAGGGUGGUCAGUGACAGUGGCACUGCUGGGGACAGGGCGGUCAGUGACAGUGGCACCCCUCCUGGCAGGGACUGUCUCUCCAGGGGCAGUGACACUCCUGGGGACAGGCCGGUCCCUGGCAGUGCCACUGUCCCCGUCAGGGACAGCCUAUCCAGGGGCACUGCCACCAUCGUGGACACGCCCGUCACCGGCAGUGCCACCGUCACUGUGGGUGACAGCCCCUUCUGGGCCUGGGGCACCGCUGGGGACAGCGCGGGCGCUGGCAGUGCCACCUUCCCCGUCCGGGACUGCCCGUCGCGGGGCACCGCCGCCAUCGUGGACGCGCUGGUGACCCUGAGUGGCACCGUGGUGGACAGGAGGAUCCUGGGCAGUGUCACCGUCCCCGUCAGGGCCAGCCUGUCCCGGGGCACUGCCACCAUCGUGGACACGCCCGUGUUCGUCAGUGCCACCGUCCUCGUUGGGGACUCCAUCCCCAGGGUCACCGCCACCAUCGUGGAGUCCAGGGUGCCCGGCCGUGCCAUCCUCCCCCUCGGGGACACGCUGGCCUGUGGCAGUGCCACCAUCCCUGUCAGGGAGUGCCUGUCUGGGGACAGUGCCACCGUCCCUGGUGGGGACUGGCCAUCCAGGGAGAGUGCCACCAUCCCUGUCAGAGAGUGCCCGUCCAGGGACAGUGCCACCGUCCCCAUUAGAGAGUGCCCAUCCAGGGACGGUGCCACUGUCCCCAUCAGGGAGUGCCCAUCCCGUGACAGUGCCACCCUCCCUCUUGGGGCCGGGUCAGUGGGUGGCAGUGCCACCAUCCCUGUCAGGGAGUGCCCAUCCAGGGGCAGUGCCACCCCUGGGGACGGCAGGCACGUCACUGGCACUCCCCCCAUAGUGGACACACCGGUCAGUGGCAGUGCCACCAUCCCUGUCCGGGAGUGCCCGUCCAGGGGUAGUGCCACCCUUGGGGACAGGCCUGGCAGUGGCAGUGCCACCCCUGGAGACAGGCCUGUCCCUCCCGUCCGUGUCAGUGUCAUCAGGGAUGGCAGGACGGGCACCAGGGUGGCACCGGCGGCCCUGGCACAGCGCGGUCACAGCCCGGCCGGGUCCCCCCUCGGGGACACGCAGGGACACACGGGGGCGGGCACAGGGACGGGGUCCCCUGCGUCACACCAAUAAAAACCAGUAAAAACCA